GGGACGAGACGUCUUCCGGAUGGUGAUGCAGUACUCCUGUGCAUGCUGCGGGCGGAACUGUUUUUAAAGUUGUACCUGUAGUACAGUCCAACAGACACGAUGGGAAUCUUGGAAAAAAUCUCCGAAAUUGAGAAAGAAAUUUCUCGGACUCAGAAAAAUAAAGCUACUGAGUACCACCUGGGUUUACUGAAGGCCAAAUUAGCGAAGUACAGAGCUCAACUCCUUGAACCCUCCAAGUCUGCGGGGGCCAAAGGCGAGGGCUUCGAUGUUAUGAAAUCUGGAGAUGCUCGUGUUGCUCUCAUUGGGUUUCCCUCUGUGGGCAAGUCCACCUUUCUUAGCUUGAUGACCGCAACGGCUAGUGAAGCAGCUUCCUACGAGUUCACGACUCUGACCUGCAUCCCCGGAGUCAUAGAGUACAAAGGUGCAAACAUUCAGCUGCUGGAUUUGCCGGGUAUCAUCGAGGGAGCUGCUCAAGGAAAGGGAAGAGGCCGACAGGUCAUCGCUGUUGCCCGGACAGCUGACGUCGUGAUUAUGAUGUUGGAUGCUACUAAAGGAGAUGUCCAGAGGACCCUUUUAGAAAAGGAGUUGGAGUCUGUUGGCAUCAGACUGAACAGGACAAAACCCAAUAUUUAUUUCAAGCCUAAGAAAGGAGGCGGUCUGUCCUACAACUCCACUGUUCCUCUCACCCAUUGCUCCGAGAAGCUGGUGCAGCUCAUCCUUCACGAAUACAAAAUCUUUAAUGCAGAAGUGCUGUUCAGGGAGGACAGCACACCAGAUGAGUUCAUCGACGUCAUUGUUGGAAACAGAGUUUACAUGCCUUGUCUUUAUGUGUACAAUAAGGUGGAUCAGAUCUCCAUCGAGGAGGUGGACCGCCUGGCUCACAGACCUCACAGUGUCGUCAUCAGUUGUGGGAUGAAGCUGAACCUGGACUACCUUCUGGAGCGCUUGUGGGAGUAUCUGGCUCUCAUCUGCAUUUUUACCAAGAAAAGAGGAGAACGCCCGGACUUCAAUGAUGCCAUCAUCAUGAGGAGAGGAGCGAGUGUAGAACAUGUGUGCCAUCGAAUUCACAGAACCUUAGCCAGCCAGUUUAAAUACGCUCUUGUGUGGGGAACCAGUACCAAGUACAGUCCUCAGAGGGUGGGACUGACUCAUGUCAUGGAGCACGAGGACGUCAUCCAGAUCGUGAAGAAGUGAAUUGGAGCUCCUCAGGAGUUGCUCUGGUGUACUGCAGAAAUCACCACCAGUUUUAUUCGACAGAGCCGGGGACUGAUCUGUGUUGAUUUGGGAGCAAACCGUGUGCGGGGUGAUGCAGAAGAUGAAUGGAAAAGAUUAAAAUUCAUAAAUGUUUAAA